UUACAUAACAAGAUUACACCAACGAACACAAAACUUAUCGCCAAUAGUGGAGAUACAAUAGAAGUUCUUGGAGAAGUUUUUGUACACACUGUUUACAAGUCGAAAAGCUAUCAGUUGGGGUUUUACGUGGUAGAUCGUCUGACACAAGCCAUACUUGUAUUGAGAGACUGUGAACUACUUAACCUAAUUCAGCGAGUAGAAGAGUUGGAGAAUAAUUGCAAGACAGAAAACGAUUUUCUGAAGAAAUAUAGUGAUUUCACAUCAUCAGAGAUUGGGUGUCUACCUGGUUUACAUCACAUCAAGAUUGAUAAGAAUGCUAAACCAGUGAUUCACACCCUAAGAUGA